CUCGCCCAUAUAAACAUAAAAGUGAUCAGUCAUUUGCCCUAACCUAAAGACAGUUACUCUUCAAAAUAAGAAGUUUUAUACUUAGUGAAAAAAAUUCUUUUACUUUCAAAAUGACGCUUUCUGAUCCCAGUUUGGCUAGAAAUCUUCCCGAUUACUUACAAGGUGCUAAAAAAGUUGGUUUCAACCCUUAUUCUGACAACGGAGGGAGUGUCGUAGCAAUCGCAGGUGAUGAUUUUUGUGUAAUCGGUGCCGAUACUCGUUUGAGUAGUGGAUUUCAGAUCAAUACACGAAAUCAGGAAAAACUUUUUCAACUUUCAAACAAAACAAUUUUGGGUUGUGCUGGAUGUUGGUGCGAUACCUUAAGUCUCACAAGAGUUUUAGCUGCUCGUAUGCAGAUGUACAAGCAUGAACAUCAAAAAGAAAUCUCUACGCCUGCAGCAGCACAAAUGCUUUCAAUUAUUUUAUACUACAAAAGAUUCUUUCCUUACUAUAUUAACAAUGUGUUAGCUGGUUUAGAUGAAGAAGGAAAAGGUUGUGUUUUCAAUUAUGAUCCAAUUGGACAUGUAUAUAGAGUCGAAUUCUCAGCUUCAGGUUCUGCAGGACUUCUAUUGCAACCACUAUUGGACAAUCAGAUCGGUUACGAAAAUCAAGAAAAUGUUGAAAAAGUACCAAUAACCCUAGAGAAGGCUUUAAAAGUACUUAAGGAUGUUUUUACAUCCGCAGCUGAAAGAGAUAUCUAUACUGGUGAUUCUAUUCUUAUCAAAAUUAUUACAAAAGAUGGAGUAAAAACUGAAACAUUUGGAUUGAGAAAAGAUUAAUUACAAUGUUAACUGUAUAAAUACAACAUUUAAUAAAUUGCUUUAUAAUAAAAAUAA